AUGGCACCCAAAACCAUCACCAUCAUCGGCUCCCUCAACACGGAUCUCGUUACCGUCACUCCUCGAGUCCCAUCAGGAGGUGAAACCCUCACAGCCUCUUCCUUCUCAACCGGUUCGGGAGGAAAAGGAGCAAACCAAGCAGUAGCCACCGCCCGCCUCUCCCGGCCCAACCCCUCCUCAACCUCCGGUCCUCAACCCGUCUCCAUCGCCGUGAAGAUGAUCGGAGCAGUAGGCGCAGACGCAUUUGGACCCGUCCUCAUCACCAGCCUGCAAGAAUCAUUCAUCGACACCACCUCCAUCUCCAUCAUCCCUAACCAGUCCACCGGCGUAGCAGUAAUCCUCGUCGAGUCCUCCUCCGGCGAAAACCGCAUCCUACUCUCACCCGGCGCGAACGGUACCCUGCAACCUGAUGAUUUCAUGAGUGCAGAGAGUCUGGGCAGUCCGCUGCCGGAUUUAGUGAUUUUGCAGCUGGAGAUCCCCUUGCCGACUGUGCUGCAGAUUAUUCACACCGCGAACGGAGCAGGUGUGCCGGUGCUUCUGAACCCAGCUCCCGCUGUCCCGUUGUCGGAGGAGGUAUUCCAAGGUCUAAAUCACUUAAUCGUCAACGAAUCCGAAGCAGCCAUCUUGACAGGAAGGGCUGUGGAAGAAGUAGAAGCCGAGGACUUCCAGUGGGACGUCGUCGCGCGCGAGUUCUUGAAGCGAGGAGUGAAGAACCUGAUCGUAACUCUGGGAUCCAAGGGAGCUUACUACGCUUCUUCUGUUGGAGGUGGUAAGAGCGGAUUUAUUAAAGCAGAGAAGAUAAAAGUCGUUGAUACUACUGCUGCAGGGGACACGUUUGUGGGCGCUUACGGUGUACAAGUUGUUAAUGGAAAGGAAGACAUGGGGGAAGUGGUUAAGCUGGCGUGUAAAGCAGCCGGAAAGACAUGUGAGAAGAGCGGUGCGCAAAGUGCGAUUCCGUGGGGUGAUGAAGUUGGCGGGCUACAUCUAAGGUAA